AUGCACUCGUUCCCGCAGAUGCAAUUACUGGCGGCUUUCUUGUGUAGCCCUCUUCACGCUGUCGAGAAAGCUAGUCCAACCAUUGCGUCCGAAGCGCUUCAACAGCUCCAAUUCCCUUGCGUCGUCUACUAUGCUGAGAUCGUUCUGCUGAUUGGGGUCAUCUGCAGGCCAGGAUCUGCUCGGGUCUAA